AUGCAGUUCCUUGGAACCACUCAGACCGCCAGUUAUUGUGGCCCCAGGAAAGCCUCUGGCUUUGGUGUGCUGCCUCCGGCUGUGCAGGCUCCUGUGGUCCAGGAAUGUUACCAGCCCUAUUACCUGCCUGGGUAUCGCUACCUCAACUCAUGGAGACCCAGCCUCCUCUGCAAGGUGUCUGAUGUCCAGACCUGCCCAGACGAGGGAACCACGUGCAGAAGCCCCCUGAGGCCGCCCACCAUCCUGCCCGUGCUCCACUCCACGCUCUUCUGUCGCUACAGCCCCCGUGACUGGGACCAGACCAACCAGCUGCAGAUCGGCGGGGCCGAGGCCUCGCGGCUGUGGGCUGGCCGGCUGAUGGGCGACUCCAUGCGGCUCAUGCAGGACAAGGACCAGCUGACACGCCAGAUGCAGGAGGGGACCUGCCGGAACCUGGGCCAGAGGCUCUCGGAUAUCAGCUUCUGGAAGUCUGAGCUGAGCUAUGAGCUGGAGAGGCUGCUGAACGAGAACCACGGCAUGGAGAAGGUCAAGAGGCGGUUGGAGUGCGCAGCCGAGGAGGUGAACUGUCCCCUGCAGGUGGCCCUCGAGUGUCUGUACCAUCGCGAGAAGAGGAUAGGGAUUGAUUUGGUCCAUGACAACGUGGAGAAAAACCUUAUCCGGGAAGUAGAUUUGCUCAAAUGUUGCCAAGAUCAGAUGAGAAAACUAGCUCAAAGAAUUGAUAUCCAGAUGCGGGAUAACCGAGAUUCUCAGCACGCCCUGGAGAGGGACCUCGAGGACAAAAGCACGGCCCAGUUUAUCGAUGAGAAGUGCUUCAACCUGAGGAACACGUCAGACUGCAUCAGCUUCUUCCACGGUGUGGAGAAAGUCGAUGGCACGAUCUCCGUGCCCGAGACCUGGACCAAGUUCAGUAACGACAACAUCAGGCACUCGCAGAACAUGAGGGCCAACUCCAUCCGGCUGCGGGAGGAGGCCGAGAACCUCUUUGAGACCCUGUCGGACCAGAUGUGGAAGCAGUUCACCAACACCAAUCUGGCCUUCAACGCCCGCGUCUCCGAGGUGACAGACGUGAAGAACAAGCUGCAGACGCAGCUGGCGAAGACUCUGCAGGAGAUUUUCCAGGCAGAGAACACCAUCAUGCUGCUGGAAAGGGCCAUCGCGGCCAAGGAGUGCCCGCUGAAGGUGGCGCAGACGAGGCUGGAGUGCCGGACCCGACGCCCCAACGUGGAGCUGUGCAGGGACAUCCCGCAUUUCAAGCUCGUGAACGAGGUGUUCACCAUCGACGACACCCUGCAGACCCUCAAGCUGAGGCUGCGGGAGACCCAGGACACGCUGCAGCUGCUGGUGAUGACCAAGUGCCGGCUGGAGCACGAGCUGGCCAUCAAGGCCAACACGCUCUGCAUCGACAAGGAGAAGUGCAUGGGCAUGCGCAAGGCCUUCCCCUGCACCCCACGCCUGGUGGGCCACACCUGAGCCGCCGCCCCCGGCCCCCAGCAUCCUGCUCCGCGCUGGUCCCUGAUGCAGCAUAAACUUGAAAAGGCAGAGAAACUAAAUAAAAGAAAGUGUCAUUUUCUCCCUUUCGUCCUAUCAUGAAAAAUAUAUAUAUAUAAAGAGCCAAAAUAAAUGUGCCCAAACCACA